AUUUUGUUAAGCAUGUAUUAAUUAUAGGUAUAAGUAGAGUGUUCGUGGAUGGUGGGGGGGCGUGAAAACCCGCGCUUAGUCAGCUCUAAACUGACGCCGGGGCGUCAGUGUAUUGGGACCCUUACAGGUGGAGAUGGCUUACAUAAGCACAAGGCUGUCGGGGUUUCUACGGAGUUUCUGCUGGUGGAGAGCUACCUACUCUGAGCUGGAUGCAGAUGAACAUCACGAAAUGCGAUGACGAAAAGAGAUUGAUGCGUUCGGCCAUAUGCUGAGCGUGAGAAUAUACCGAUACCUCACAAUGCUGGCACAUUCCGCGGAGAACUCAUCAUUUCGUUGAUACUGUAUUACAGGUUCAGAAAUCUUGACCUCGAUCGCCCAACUUCCAACAGCCUUCACAACUGCGCCCAACACAAUGAAUACCUACCCUCCAAAUCACGGCAAUCCUGCCAGCCACGGCAACAAUGGGACCCCGAAUGGUUCCUUCUCUGGCGCUGUCGAGAUGAAUGCAAGCGCGCAGAGAUAUUCCACAGGCAGGGUCAAGGUUCUGACGGUCGAUGAAGCUCUCCCAUUGACACCUAUCACGUCGGUGGUUCCUUUCAACUCGGGUUCGCAUUUCUCUUUGUACUGCUACCAGUGGUAAAGCGUUGCUGAUUGCGUGUGUACAGAUAUCGUGCCCAUGCCAAAGGUCGGACUGAGAUCAUCCGUGUCCAUAUACUCAACACCAGCUGAGCGCGCAAGAGGCAGAGAUGUGCUAGAGAGUUUAAAUCGCGAGGCUGCGGAUCCACGAAAUACAUCGAGAAGACUACAACAGUCGUUAGAGGAUUUGAAGGGACUGUUGAAGCCGGACGGACUGACCCAGUUGUAUGCCAAAGCCCCGGGUACUUUCCAGGAAAUAUAUAAUCUAACCUGUCGUAGUAAAUUCAAAACGGCGCCAAAACUCUCAUCAGGUCCUGAUAUGAACGAGCAACCAAAAAUGAAGCUGUCGCCCUUUGCCCAAAAAGUCUUGAACCAAACCUCGGUAAACUUCACUCACUAUGUAGCCCAGCCACUUCCGGGUGCACAGCCAGUGAAUGAUAGAGUCUCCCACAAAUCAGCGUCCAAGGCGAGAGGGCCUCACCUUCAACAGUCUCCCGCAAAUGUCGAGGCCUUUGACCAUAAUGCUGGUAUAUCAGCUCAGCUUCCAAGGACGCAGAAUAAAUCCCAAGUUGGAACAACUCCUCAGCCUUCUUCGAAUGCAACCAAGUCCGAUUCGAGUUUUGCUGUAGUCAUUCCUAGCUUACCGAAUAAGUUUCGUCCUCAAGAAUACACCACUUCAAAAGAUUUACCCAAACCAGCCACCAAAUAUUCAAGUCUAUCCCGCACCUCAUCGCAGGCAUCCGUCCCCGCGCCCCGCCCAAGCCCAACUCAAGGUGAGGCAAAACCAAUCAAUAAACCCCCUGCGCAUACUCCUUCGCACACUACUGGUCAACCUGCGCCGCCAGCUCAGACCUCAUCUUCAAAAUUUGUUAUUGAGAUACCAGUUCAACCUCAUCAUCUUCAACACCAAUCUCAAUUAACACCACAAGCUCAUCCAGAAACUCCGCGCCAGAUUAUCCAUGAGCUAACUCCUACUCCAUCUGGACAACCAUUAUCAAACCCCAGCCUAGCAGUAGUUAUACCCGAUCUUCCAGCUACCUUCAACCCUGGAGAGUACGACGUUGUUCCUGAUUCCCCAGAUACACCACAACACUUAUCCCGCAAAAGAAAGCGAUCUGAGAUCGAUGGCUAUGAAGACGGAUUGCCUAUGAGCAUUGGACAGCGAGAAAAGGCAGAUACGGCCGCCAACAAUUUGCGCCAUUAUCUACAAGAGAUCUUUGAAGCUGAGGAUCGUUUGCAAUCUGACGGCGCCUCUUCCAAUCACUUUUUCGUUGCAACCAGUGAAGGGUACAGUCUCACCUCUGCCGCUCAGUAUAAAGUUGAGAGCCUUCUCCAGAAGAUUAUCUCUAUGGGGCGUUUUGCGCAGGCACCGCUUGACGAGUUGCUCCGACUCCAAAAGCUCUCCGAAUCCUCCUUGAAAGACGCCGAGUCACUUGAUAUCAAAGUGGAUGAUACCAUGGGACAGGCCGAAGUUGAUGCGUGGCUCGUUCAGAUUGCCAACGCCGAAUUAGGGCUAAAAGCAGCACGAACUUCUUUACGAUUGAUGUCGGGAGGCCGUGAAGACAAACAACUAUACUCGGAAGAUGUCAUACAAUCAGCACUGAACGCCUUCAAAAAUGUCAUGGAUAAUUGCAUUGUUCCAAUUGUCGAAAUGCGUAGCUCUGGUGCCUCGGCUGCGACAUUCAAGCUUUUAUCAAAUGAGAAGAAAGUUAUCAACAACCUUUUGACACAAUGCCGACGUGUAUUGUCGCUUUUGGCAGCCUUGGUAGCUAACGUAGAUCUAUCAGAAACUGUCAUCAAUACUCUCGAAUUCACUGCCUCUCAACUCAUCUUUGUUGAAAACGCCCCUGUGGAGCGAGACUCGAUCCUUGGCAUCGCUAAAUUCGACAGUCUGCGUGUGGUGGCCAUGGAUGCGCUGGCACAAAUUUUUCUUUGCAAUCCAGCACAACGCCAAGGCAUCUUUGACGAAAUUCUUACAUCAUUGGAAAAACUUCCUGUUACUAAGCAGAGUGCUCGCCAAUUUAAAUUAGCCGAGGGUGGAAACAUUCAGCUUGUAUCCGCGCUGAUCAUGCGCCUUGUCCAAACUAGUGCCAACAAGCCGGAUGAUGCAAAAGAGAAACGAAGACGCAAGGCGCUGGAGGCUUUGCAUGGCGACGAGGAUAACCACACAGCUGCUAGCCAGGGAAUUUCAAACUUUACAGUCAAAUCAGAAUCACGAGCGGAGCAAGAGAUUGUCACCGCUGUCAAUGAGUUAGGCGAGCUAGUAUCACCGCUUCUGGAAACUGCCAAGCAGAAUGCCAUCUAUGUCGUGAACUUUAUUGUAAACAGAGCGAUGAAGUCUACCAAGUCUGGAGAUGCGCCUUAUCGCAAUCUACUCGACUUAUUUGUUGAAGAUUUUAUUACGUGUCUCAAUUCGACCGACUGGCCUGCCGCAGAGCUCCUAUUGCGCUUGUUCCUUUUCAAGAUGGUCCAGCUGGCAGAAGGUGACAAGACGCCCGCACCAGCCAGAAAUAUGGCUCUUGAUCUCCUUGGUCUAAUGGGUGCUGCCAUAUCCGAGCUUAAUUCUCAUAUCCGAAAGACCGCAAAUGCUAUAGACUCAGGAAGCGAACUGGCUGUUUACUUGAGUAGAUUGGCACAAGCGUCGCUUGAGAAGAAUGCAGGUCCUACAGACGUUGUAUCUUGGGUAUGUGGACCCUUCCGUGUAUCACUUGAAUACUUGGAGAACCGCUCUUCGUCGGAGCCACAGCUUCAGGGCGCUAUUGGUUUCUUUAUGGCUAGAUGGGCUGAGAAAACGGUUUCUACAUACGAAGAAAUUCCCGAGGAUGAUAGGAGUUAUCAGCAAGUUGAAAAAGAUCAUGGCAAGUUGGCCUACCGUCUGCGAAAAAUGCUCACCGACAGCAGAUGGUUGUCCACAGAGUACAGCUUCGAGACAGUCAGCGAGCCUCAUGCAAAACUCGCAUACUCUUUGACCUUGCUAAGCUCCCCUUUCUGCGAAUCAUUUAGUCGAGUCCUCACUAUUCUUCUGAGCUCCAUGACGAGCGAACAAGCAACAGUUCGGAGCAAGAGCUUGAAAAGCGUCAAUCAAGUUUUAGAUACGGACCCCACAAUCCUUGACCGCGAACCAGCAGUAAAGCAUUUGAUCUUGAGAUGUUCCAACGAUCUCUCUGUCCAGGUUCGGGAUUCCGCUCUUACUCUUGUUGGGAAAUGUAUUAGUCUACGACCUGCUCUCGAAGAAGAACUUAUCCCGAGUAUCUUGGCUCGCGUCAACGAUAGUGGUGUCGGUGUCCGCAAGCGUGCGAUGAAACUUUCCAAAGAUAUCUAUCUUAGGAACCAGAAGCGUGACAUCAGAAGUCACAUUGCCGACUCACUACUCCAUCGAGUUACUGAUUUAGACGAAGGCGUUCAGGAACUGGCUCGCCAGACAAUUGAAGAAGUAUGGAUGUCUCCAUUCUAUCAAUCUACUCAAUCCGACGAUUCUUCGGCCAAAUUUAAGCUUGCCAUGGCUGACCACGUUGCUCUCAUGGUUCGAACGGUCCAAAGGGGGAGCGGAGUGGCAACAGUGCUUGAUAAAGUAUUGCAAAACAUGCUGUCAAGCGACUCAAAAUCAUCCGCUGCAAACUUUAGAGUCUGCAAAGCUCUUGUAGCUACCAUGUUCGAAACUAUCAUUGAUAACUCCGCGGAUGGCAGCGAUGCUCCCUCUGCACGCGAUGCGCUACAUGUCCUCAUGAUUUUUGCAAAAUCAAAUGCGAAAUUGUUCACCCCUGAGCAGAUUCAAUUAUUGCAACCUUACGUUGCCAACGUUGGAGCUGGCGAUGAAAUGGCCAUAUUCCGCUCAGUACUUGUGAUCUUUCGUCAUGUUCUACCGCAUCUCUCCAAAGCUCACAACAAGUUUCUUUUCGCUGUUAGAAAAGAACUGCUUCCUACAAUGGCACGUAUACAUAAAGCCAUCUUGGACGACCUAGUUGCAUGUUUGUGGAUUAUCAGCAAUGUACUUGAAGACAUCCAGAACCUGACAUCAGCGGUUUUGUCUAGUCUGAUGAACAUCGAUGCAAUGAAAAAGAUGGAUCUCAACGACCCGAAAAACGAGAAGGCUAUCACCAAGAUAGGUAGAUUGAUUUUGAUUGUUGGCACAAUGGGCAAGCAUUGCGAUUUUGACCCUAAGCUCCAACUGUUUCAAUCCAAAUUCACGUCCUUGAAAGGAGAUUCUGUUUCGAAACUAAUGGUCGAUGUUUUGGCACCAUUCGCAUCGCCUUCACAGCCACUCGAGGUACGAAAGGUGGCUCUAGGGGCUAUUGGAAUGGUCUGUCAAUCGUGGCCUAAGAACUUUUCCUCUGCCAAAAUUUAUACUGCUUUCCAAGGCGUUUUCGGGGAGAAGAAUACUAUUCUCGAGGGCAUCAUCUUAUCAGCCUUCAAGGACUUCCUCUUGCUUGAAGAGAAGCGAUCAGAAGCAGGGAAUGAAGGAUUGCCCGGGACAGCAGGAGACCCAAAGGCAAAAUUGGGCGUCAUGGGUGGUAGCCAAGGCGACGGCAUUGCAAUUGGAAUUGCCCAACGUUUCCUUCCCGACAUCAUUCGUAUUUCCCUAGCCACCAAAGACGACCAGGCACUUCUCGCGACAGAGGUCGUAGCUAGUAUUGCCCGUCAGGGUCUAGUCCACCCUAAAGAGUGUGGUUCGACACUCAUCGCCUUGGAAACAUCGCCGAACCUCAAGAUUGCUGAGUUGGCCUUCAAAGAGCACCGUGCACUCCACGAAAAGCAUGAGACUAUUCUUGAAAAGGAGUAUAUGCGAGCGGUUCAACGUGCGUAUGAAUACCAGCGGGAUGUUGUAGAGGACACACAUGGUGUGACUCUUGACCCAUUUGCAUCAAAACUUCACUUGAUGAUUGAUGUAUUGAAGAUCAGCAAGGUCAAGAAUCGCAAGAAGUUUCUGGAAAACCUUUGUUCGCGUACGGACUUCGACCCGGCCAAGAUCAAAAUCGAAACUGCCCCUUAUCAUCUGGAUUUCUCGCAAUUCAUUAUCGAGAAUUUGGCUUUCUUUGAGUAUGCCUCUGUAGAUGAGCUUCUAGCUACGAUCAAUUCCAUGGAAAAGGUUGUAGCGGCUACCGGUACAGGAAUUGCACACAUGAUCGAGACAGAAAUCUUUCACGUGAGCUUAGAUCAACCAACCCAAGUUGAUGAGAAUGGCCAGCAACAAGUAAUGCAGCAUAAAGUCGAUACUGAUCGCCUUCGACUUCUCACAGGCUCUUCGAUGAUGCUUGCAAGUCUAUGGGGAGCACGAACCUUCUUGAGACGACUGUACGGCCUUACAACUCAGCGUCGCGAAAGUAAGGGAAAGCCCGCACCAAAGGAUUUAUCAAAAGCUCCCGUCAAGGUUCCAUUUGUGACUGGAGACAAAUUCUGGGACGAGACUACUAUGAUCAUGAACUCAAUGGAGUCCGAAAAAACCAUGAUGCAGCAGUGCCGAAACUUUGUGCAGCUUUUGAAUGUGGAUCAAGAUUUCAAAGUAGCUGCUGAGGGCGACGAAGAGGCGGAGCGAGGUAGACCAAGCACACCAAAUGAGGACGAAGAUGAAGAUGCCCCCAGCACGCCCAAUGGAAGUGGAAGAGGUCGAAAGAGAAAGUCAACUGGUACUCCUGGCGGACGCAAGAAGCGUGCACGUUCGUCUUCCGUCCCCAAAGGCCGUAGUCGACCAAAGGGAAGCGGCAACAAACGAGCAAGCGCAGAGAAGAGUGAUGACGAAAUGGAUUGGAGAUAGAAGACUCGGAAUCGUAUUGAUUCUACAUAUUACGAGUUACUUUGAUGUUUUAAUGGAGCGCGGGAAAGCUUGCAAGCACAGCAUUGUAUCAUACCCCCAUGGGUUUGCUAUUUGGCAUUUGGCGUUUAGCAUUUGGCGUUUAUUUUGUGCAUACAGUAUUUAUCUUACACUACAGGAUGGUGUGCAGUUGCAAGCAUUGAACUGGAGGCGUUACAAGUACCUGCUGGCAUGCGGGAAUGGCGGAUACAUUGUAUUUUCCUGCACAUGGCAAAUAGCAUGCAAAUAGGAGCUAGGUUUGCCGUAUUUAGAUGGCUGGUGGAUGUAUCGUCAACCAAAUCUAAUCGUAAUAA